GGUCAUGAAAUGCUUCGUGGUCCUUGUUUUCACAUUAAUACAUCAAGGUAAAAAUUUCCCUAUCCAGAACUGCACAUGGCCCGCCAUUUGUAAUUGCUCUGAAAUAAAUGGCUACGUCCACGCUAACUGCUCUCACAGAGCCUUAUCUAAGGCACCCCUGUUUCGUCUAGAUGUGGUUAGUGUAGAUUUAUCGUCAAAUGUUUUUGAAGCGUUUCCAAGCAAUCUCCCUGAAAGGCUCCAAUAUCUUUACCUUGCAAACAAUCUAAUCAAAACAAUAUCAAACUACUCCUUGAGUAAACUAACAAACCUGGAAAAUCUUACCAUAUCCUACAACAACCUUAAUGAGAUUGAGCCAGGAACUUUCAAGCUUGCUUUUAAUCUAUUUCAUUUGGACCUGUCGCACAACAAAGAGCUAUCUUUGUCUGUUUUGACAAAUAUUUCUUAUGAUCUGCAGUUCACGAAUAUAAAGGUUCUAAACUUGGAGAAAGUUCAAUGCACCUAUGGAUUAAGUACUGCUGUCUACACCAAACAGGUACAACACCUUUCCAAUACCUCAUUGGAAGAACUAAACCUUGCCUCAAACAGAAUCAAUCAUUUUGAAUUCGGAAUGUUUUUGCAUCUACCAAAAUCACUUCGUGUUUUCAAUGUUGCUGAUAACAUAUUAAGUUUUGGGGCGUACAUCCUAAAUUUGAAUCAGCUUACAAAUGUUGAAGUUCUAAAUGCAAGUUUUCAAUCCAGUUUUCAUCCAGUCAAACCUGUUGAUUUUAAUUUUCGGUGUAAGGAUUGGAAAUCUCAAAACCCAUCUGUUUUUGAUUCUGUCCACUCAUCGUUGCAUACGACUAAGAGAAACCUUGGAGCACAAGAUAUCAGAAACAAUUUACAAAGGAAAAUGAAUAUUACAACAUAUUUUCCGCCGAAUAUUCAAAAAAUAUACUUUCAUGACAACUUGUAUAAAUUUGUGUUUCCUGAAUUCUUUUUCAACACAACAGGAAAACUUACUCAUGUUCACGCUCAGAAUAACAUUAUCUACGAAUGGGAAGGACCGCUAUAUGGAAUGCAAACUGUGGAAUAUUUUGAUCUUUCAAACAAUUUUUGCAGCAAAAUAUCUCCAUACUUUUUCAUUGACUUUCUAAAUCUUCGUGUUUUGAAUAUUUCGAACAAUAUUCUAGGGCAGUCACUUGAAAUGGACAUUGAUGGAAAAAUUUUCCAGAAUCAAAGAAAAGUAAAAGUGCUAAACCUAGCAAACAAUAAGAUUGCUGUCCUACCUUCAAAAAUAUUUCAAGGAUUUUCCGAGUUAACACACAUCAAUCUGGCUUCAAAUACCCUCGACUUUUUCAAUGUUAGUAUUUCCCAUCUACAUGAGCUUGUUUCGAUAGAUCUUUCUUCAAAUCAGCUAUCAGGCCUCAGCGAAGAAACUCGAGCUAGUCUGAACAAAAUUUCCGAAUCAAGGAAAAUAUUCAUAAAUUUAGUUCGUAACCCGUUACAAUGUUCUUGCAAAAAUUUAAAUUUUCUAUCUUGGAUGGAGCAUUCUAAAGGAAUAAAAUUCCUUCACUUUAAAAACUACACGUGUGUAUUUCAAAAUGCAACACUUGUGACAUUCAGGAACUUUACCUGGCUUCUAAAAGAAGUGGAAAAAGAAUGCGCGUCUUUUACAUUGGCGAUUGCCAUGAUAUCAGCCUUGCUUUUAGUUUUGAUCACAAUCAUAAUGAGUAAAAUUUUCCAUAGAUACCGUUGGAAAAUACGCUACCUCUAUUACGUCGCAAAGGGCAACAGAAGAAAUAAAAUGACGCCUUAUGACAAAAAGAAACAUUGUAAGUAUCACUUUGAUGCUUUCAUUUCUUAUGCAGAAGAGGAAAACAAGUUUGUUCGCGAGCUUGUUGCAUAUUUGGAAGAAAACUUCAAACUUCGGCUUUGUAUACAUCAUCGAGAUUUCAUUCCUGGAACUGACAUAGCGGACAACAUAACGAAUGCCAUCCACAACAGCAAAAGAACAGUUGGUGUGCUCACCUCAAGUUUUAUUAAGUCGUACUGGUGUAAUUUCGAGCUGAACAUGGCACGGAUGGAAGCUAUCUAUUCGAGAGAAGGAUCCAAUGUUUUACUUUUUAUCGUUUUGCAGAGAGGCGUCCUCAAGUCACUACCUUUGAAAUGGAUGGACCUCAUUGAAAGCGAGUCGUACAUGGAAAUUUCGCUUAACGAUGAAAAGGAAUUAUCAGCUUUUAGAAUCAAACUUGCACAAACUCUAAAAGCCGAUGUAAAUUGAUAUGAACUAAAGCCUGUCUUGGAAAAAAAUCUUAAAUAACGAAGAACUCAAGGUAUAUUGACAAUCUCUUUGGAUGUACACCGGACUAUUAUUACACAAUUCAUUUAAUUACUGAAUUUAAAAUAUUU